UAAGUCAGUUAAUUUUCACACCUUUUGUAACAUUGAUAAUUCACAGUUACUGUUUAAUCCUUUGAUUUCCUAAAUUUUAAUUUUCAGCUUUUUAUUAUUUCCUUUAGCGUGAUUUUUUACGAAUCAAUGGAGGUUUCACAGUCUCACAAAAAUUUUGCAAAAACAGACCCUGAUUCAGAUUCGGAGCAAAUGGAUAGUCGGGAUGCUGAAGAGAUUAAUAGUAAAGAUGAUAUUCCCACAGAAAUACCUUUAAAGAAAGUUAUAAAAGAUAUAUCGAAUCUUCCUAACGGAAUUAUGGCUGCUAAAAGUUUCAGCGAAACGUCAGACUCUUGUUUCAGUUCAUCAAUUUCUGAUGGUAAAAAGAAGGCGAAGAUUAAUGACAAAGAAGACAGUCUCGGUCAACUGCUUUUGCUUAUGCUUAAAAAGUGCGAAAAAAUUGAGGAUAAAAUUGAAAAUUUGGAUAAAAAGCUAAGCACUGAAACUGAAGAUGUGAGCAAACUUAAGACAAUAGAAGUACGAUCCAAAAACCCUAUGUCUGCUCAUUACUAUCGAAUAAAAGUGGUUCAAAAUGGUGUAACUUUACAUGGAGAAGAGCACUUUCAACAAUGCAAAAAAUUAGCAAAAUUCAUGAAAGAGACUGGUCUUUAUAGAUGCAACUGUGAAAAGUGUCAAAACUCUGGUGACUUUUACGAAGGCAAAUUGAAGGAUGUGUAUUAUCACAUAAGGAAAACCCAAGGAAUCUUCUUGAAGUGCACAUAUUGCCCGAAGGGUAGUACACAUAGUAUGGCAAAGCUCAGAGAUCACAUUCGCAAACUUCAUCCAUGUGAAGGUGAAAGUUGCAUCAAUCAAGAAAUAGAUAGUGAUGAUUGAUUGACUCGUUACAAAUGGCUUCCAUCAUUUUUACCUUGUUUUUUACAUUGUUUUUUUACAUUGAUUUUUACCUUGAUUUUUUAUUUUAAAUUGUAUAGUCAUUUCGUUAGUUAUCGUUAUCGAAAACAAAAUGCAUAUAUUCAAUAAUCUCAUACUUCCAUUGAAAUACUGUAAUAUCAUAUUAUUUUCAGUUAAAUAAUUUGAUUAAUAUGUUUUAUUCAAAUAAAACUAACUCCAUACUUGGAUA